CUCUGUGACGUCAUCUGGAACCCGACGAGGCGGGGCCGCGGGUCCAGGCGGCUGGAGGGUCCUCGCCGAGCCGUGAUGAGCGAGGGUAGCGCGGGCGACCCGGGCCACGGGUCCAGCCGGCAGCGGGCCGUACACCCAGAGAACCUGUCUCUGGGUUCUAGCUGUUUCUCUCCACCUGUGAACUUCCUUCAAGAGCUGCCAAGCUAUCGGUCAGUGGCACGUAGGAGGACAAACAUCCUCUCUCGGGACAAGCAAAGUAGCACCCUGCUGAAGCCGACAGACUCUUUCAGUUCCCAGCUGGAUGGAGGAAUCACAGAAAACCUCAACAGCCAAUCCAUCCGCAAGUAUGCACUGAACAUCUCUGAGAAGCGGAGACUAAGGGACAUUCAGGAAACCCAAAUGAAGUAUUUAUCAGAGUGGGACCAGUGGAAACGGUACAGCAGCAAGUCCUGGAAGAGGUUCCUAGAGAAAGCUCGAGAGAUGACAACCCACCUGGAACUGUGGCGCAAAGACAUCCGCAGCAUUGAAGGAAAGUUUGGCACGGGGAUCCAGUCCUACUUCUCGUUCCUGCGGUUCCUGGUGGUGCUGAACCUGGUGAUAUUCCUGAUCAUCUUCAUGUUGGUUUUGCUUCCAAUCAUACUCACCAAGUACAAGAUUACCAACAGCACUUUCGUGCUCAUCCCGUUCAAAGACAUGGAUAUUCAGUGCACACUGUAUCCAAUAAGUAGCUCUGGGCUCAUUUACUUCUACAGUUACAUCAUAGACCUGCUGUCUGGAACGGGAUUCUUGGAGGAGACCAGCCUUUUUUAUGGGCACUACACCAUUGAUGGUGUAAAGUUCCAGAGCUUCACGUAUGACCUACCCCUGGCUUACUUGAUAAGCACGAUUGCCUACCUGGCCCUGAGCCUCCUUUGGAUCGUGAAAAGGUCGGUGGAAGGGUUCAAGAUCAACCUGAUUCGGAGCGAGGAGCACUUUCAGAGUUACUGUAAUAAGAUCUUUGCUGGCUGGGACUUCUGCAUCACCAACCGCAGCAUGGCUGAGCUGAAGCACAGCAGCUUGCGGUAUGAGCUCCGAGCAGAUCUGGAAGAAGAGAGAAUACGACAGAAAAUAGCAGAAAGGACCUCAGAGGAGACCAUCCGCAUUUACUCUUUGAGGCUGUUUUUGAACUGCAUUGUGCUUGCUGUGCUAGCGGCAUGCUUUUAUGCAAUCUACCUAGCAACUGCCUUCUCACAGGAACACAUGAAAAAAGAAAUUGACAAGAUGGUUUUUGGGGAGAACCUGUUGAUAUUGUACCUCCCGUCCAUUGUGAUUACCCUGGCCAAUUUCAUUACCCCAAUCAUCUUUGCCAAGAUCAUCCACUACGAGGAUUACUCACCAGGCUUUGAGAUCCGCCUGACGAUUCUUAGGUGUGUCUUUAUGCGGCUGGCCACCAUCUGUGUGCUGGUGUUCACGCUAGGCUCCAAGAUCACAUCCUGUGGUGACAGCACGUGUGAACUCUGCGGCUAUAACCAGAAACUCUACCCGUGCUGGGAGACUCAGGUGGGACAGGAAAUGUACAAGCUGAUGAUCUUCGACUUCAUCAUCAUCCUGGCUGUGACACUGUUUGUGGAUUUCCCUAGGAAGCUCCUGGUGACCUACUGUGCCUCCUCAAAGCUGAUCCAGUGCUGGGGCCAGCAGGAAUUCGCCAUCCCCGACAAUGUCCUGGGCAUCGUGUACGGGCAGACCAUCUGCUGGAUUGGAGCCUUCUUCUCCCCACUCCUCCCUGCCAUUGCCACCUUGAAAUUCGUUAUCAUCUUUUAUGUGAAAGAGUUGAGUCUUCUCUACACCUGCAGACCCUCCCCACGGCAGUUCAGAGCAUCCAACUCUAACUUCUUCUUCCUGCUGGUGUUGCUGAUUGGGCUGUGCCUAGCGAUCAUACCUCUGACCAUCAGCAUGGCUCGCAUCCCUUCCUCAAAAGCCUGCGGCCCAUUCACCAACUUCAACACCACCUGGGAGGUGAUCCCCCAGACUGUGAGCACCUUCCCCAGCUCGCUGCAGACCCUGAUCCAUGCCGUUACAUCAGAAGCCUUUGCAGUGCCUUUCUUCAUGAUCAUCUGCCUCGUCAUGUUCUACUUCAUUGCGCUGGCUGGAGCACACAAGCAGGUGGUUGUACAGCUUCGAGAACAGCUGUCCCUGGAGAGUCGUGACAAGCGUUAUCUUAUCCAGAAACUAACGGAAGCUCAAAGGGAGGUCCGGAGCCAGCCGGCUUCAGCAUGAAGAUGCUGCCCGAAACUUCUGAACACAUAGCUCUGAUGACCCUACAGAGUCCACCUGGGGUUUGAGUGGAAAUGACUUUUGGUGGCUUAGCCAAGCAGGCUGACCCCCAGCCUGAUCCCCAGGGAGUGGUGACUCCCUGUGGACUCCACCAAAACACUAACUUCUCAAGCUGCUCAGCCUCUCACGAUCAGAGAGGGGAGACUUUUAUUUAUUUUUUUUGUUUAGACUUUUGUAUAUUUUUAAAAAAGGGUUGUGUGUGUGUUGUUUUUUUUAGAGUAAAACUGAGAUUUCUCCGAAAGCCUUCCCAGGCCGAGUGAAUACCCUCCCAGAUGCCACUGGUGACUUCAAAUUAAACCUGACUUCCUUUUUCAGAUGAGCAGGAAUCUUCAGGUGCUAAGGCUUAGAACAGCUGAUAGGAAUGUGGAGAGGCCGUCCUGGCAGAAAGGCAGAAAGGCAAUCCAUCCCUGCUGUGCACCCCAUCACACUUGAAUUCCCACCCAUGCCAGUCAGUAUCACCCUCUUGAGGAGGGGACUAGGCCAGGUGGCAAUUUCAGCUUUUUAGAACUUUUCUCCAGCCUUGUUCACUCCUCCAGGGAAAGUGACCUUAGCCAACCGGUUAGCCAUUAGCCUUUAGUCUCCACCUGGCCCCAAUUUCUAAGAUUUGGUGACAGAAUUGAAGAGGGGUUUAACUUUGCAAGGUGCACAGGCAGUUCCUCUGUUUUCCAAGUGUUAUUCCUCUUCCGUGCAUGGAGCUCUUCAUUCCUGAAGGACGCAGAGCAUUUCAGAGCUAGCCUGUUCCUAAGAACGCCCCAUAAUACAAACAGAGGUUGGGUUCUGAUUUCUUAAGUACACAUUUCAAAGGGCUAGAUUUUGUUUGCCUGAGUUUAAAACUUUGCGUGUGUGUUCCUUUGUUUUUAUAAAACAUUACAAAGACAGAGUCUCUCUUGAGAUCUCCAGCAUAGUAAAAGCUGUAUUUAAUUAAAUACCUCAUCAUAAGCCUCCCUUAUGGGGCGUCCCUUUUAGUGGUGUCUAAUUUGAUCUGCUUUCACUUUAAGGUCUUUGUCAGUGUACUGCAGUCCUGUGAUGGACAGUGGAGUCUUUACUGAUUUCCACUGGCUCCUAACCUUUAAAUUUCAAUUAAUGUUUUAGAAAGCUGCCAAGAUGGACUUCCCUGCUCUGAUCACUGCCUUGUUCCUCAAAAAUGAUUGGCUUCUCCUCUGGAAGCAAAGCUAACUCGCUGUAGCUUCCAUGUCUGUAUGUGUAUAAAGGGUGCUUUGUCAGAUGUGUGUGUGUGUGUGUGUCCAUCUCUUACAUGUGUGAAUUCGUAUAAAGGGCCCUUGGUGAGGUGUGUGUGUGUGUGUGUGCGCGCAUAUGUACAUCUGGAGGCGGAACUCAUAUCCUCAAGCUCUACACAAUCAUUUCCUUCAUCUUCCAUGAGGCUGUUAACCUGGGAUAUUUUUGUUUCUGUGGGAACGUGUGCUUCGUAACAUUUUCUUGUAUUUUAAGAUCUAUGAGUUUUUAAGCCUAACAACAGGAGUUUUGAGUAAACCAAAGUUCACUCCAUUCUCAUUUUACAAAUCCUGGUUGUUGGCAUUUUUGCCUAGUGCCUUCAUGGAACAUUCUUGUCCUCACUGUGGCCCUGAGGAUAAUCUGCUGUCCUACGUUUGUAGGAAUGGUAGAUAAAAUAAACAACAUAUUUUCUUUAUUAUAAAACAGAUAACAAAAUAUGCCAAUAAGUAUGUUGGUUUUAGUGCUGCUAAUGUGUGCACCUCCUACUUGAAUAUUCUAAUAACUUGGAAUAACCAGGCAAUCAAUGUCUGUAUAGCUUUAAAGUGCAGCUCUCUAACGGGUGUGUGUUAAACUCCUGAUUCAGUGUCUUGAAAGUUUUAGAGUAUGGUUGUCCUCGAACCCACAGAUGCUCCUCAUCACUGGUCAAGUGAUGAAGAGAACUGCAAUACUCGGUAAAGUUGCUCUUUGUCACUGCAGUUAGAGGAAGUAGCAUUUUGACAUCGAUGGGUGUGUUAGAUGAGUCUUGUCUCCUCUUGGCUAUUAAGAAGCCAAAGAAAAGCAGGUUUGUGUGUUUUGAACGUCAAAGACAAAGAUAUCUUAAGCAUUUUAUAUCUUGCUACCAUUGAAAGCCACUGUAUUUAUUUUAUUA